AUGGAGCCCAACCAGGGGUUUGGAGGGACCCUGUGGAUGAUCUUUCUCUUUGCCCUCUUUGCAUCAGGAUCAGGGGAAAACGACAGGGACUUCAAAAUGUGUGGAACCUGGCGCCAUGGCAACGGGCUCUUAACUCUGGCUCACGAUUUGAAAAGGGGCUGUGGCACCAUCACCAUCUCAGCCAAUGAGAGCUCCCUGUCCAUCCGAGGUGAGAUAACGGCCCAAUGUGAGAACUCCUCUGUCAUCAAGCUGGAUCCGAGCCCAGAGGCAAGAGAGAGACCCUUCUGUGUGUACUGGGAGCCCCUUCUGGACCAGCUCUGGGUAGAGGUGAAAGGACAGAACCACACUCUGUGCUGGCCGUCUGGUCUACAGGGGAACUGCUGCACUGACCUGUCCCAAGGCGAAAACAAAGGGAUUUCGACGUACGGGAUACUCAACGCGACACAACGGGAUGAUAUCAUAAGUUACAAAACACACCCAGCCUAUGAGUUCUUUGGCGAAAUUAUCAACUGCAAAAACGAGUUUUGUGAUGAGGCGAGUCAGGGAUCUGGUGAUAAGGUGAACAUGAUAGAGGAGACAGUGAUGAGGUCCAAGGUGCUGGGGAACGUGGUGCUGCCCUGUGCCCUGAGCUCUGUGGUGGAGAUGAAGGAAGGCUUUCAGGGCUACAACAUCACUCUGCCUGCGCCUCAAGGAGUUCCUCCUCAAAUGAUUCCAUCAGUUCACCUGCCUUCUUGUCUGAAACCUCCAGAAAAGAAAAAGGUCAAGGUUGUCUGCACCUACUUCAAAAACAGUAUCUUAUUCCAGGGGAGUUCUAAGGCAGACCAGAAUGACAUCAGGAUUCUAGAAGAUGUGGUGGGAAUCACUGUGGAGAAUGAGAUCAUCACCAACCUUCCAGAGCCAAUCAGGAUUGGUUUCCAUCAUUCUGCAAUACCAACAAGUCACUCAAGAACAUGUGUUUCUUGGGACACAAAGAAAGAUCCAGCAGAGGUCACAUGGAAAAAGGAAGGUUGUGAGACCAUACAGAAAGGUGUGGAGUACACAGAGUGCCACUGUAAUCAUCUCACAUACUUUGCCAUCCUAGUGCAAUUGGAACCAGGACCAGUCCGCCAUCUGGUGGCUCUAACUGUCAUUACAUCAAUGGGCUGUGCUGCCUCUACGUUGAGCUGUGUUGUCCUCAUCUACUUCCUUAACACACAGAGGAGAGCGAAGGACCAGUCCAAUGCGGUCCAUCGGGGUCUGGCCAUGGCACUGUUCCUUCUUAGCCUCCUCUUCUUCCUGACAGGAACUGUGGCCAACGUGGGCGGUAACAAGGCAUGCUGGGUUUUUGGAGCGGCUCUCCACUAUGCUCUGCUCAGUUCCUUCUCCUGGAUGUUUAUUGAAGUGUUUCACACUUUUUGGUUGGUCUACAUGGUGUUCAGCCCCUCCCCCAAUCCUUAUGUUUGGCACCUGGUUGGCUUUGGUCUCCCAGCUGUUCCGGUCAUUGUACUGCUUGCCAUUGGAAAAGUCUAUGGUGUGAUAGAGGUUGUGUCCAGUGAAGAUGUCAACAACCCCUACUUGAUGUGCUGGAUGGAUGUGUCUCCACGCUCUGUAGGCCUACUAGCCCAUUACUUCAUCAACCUGACCUUCCUGGCUGUAGUGGUCCUCUCUGGUCUGAUCAUGCUCUUCCUGGUCCUGAGAAAUAUCCAGAACCGAGACGAGUGGCGGAAGAACAAGGUGGCGUUCCUCAGUAUCUGGGGUCUCAGCUGCCUGUUCGGGACCACGUGGGGCCUGGGAUUCUUGGACUUUGGACAGCUCUCUGAGUUCAUCCUCUUCCUUUUCUGCAUCCUCAACUCCCUACAGGGUUUCUUCCUGAUGCUCCGAUUCUACAUUCUUGAUCGGAUGCGGAAACAAUCGAGGUCUAGUUUGGAUGGUAGCACAGCAUCUUCCACCAGGCAACACAUGCUGCAGGAGAAGAGCUGAGCUGGGGUACAUGGGAUACCAUUUUUUUGUAGGCUAAAGGAGGAGCAAUGUACCUCUGUCACUCAGAACAUUCCAACUCUGGGGUUGAGAUUCAGAAUAUUGCACUAUACAAGCCAUUUCCAUACACAUAUCUGAGUGACUGUAAAAAAAAUACUGUCAAGAUUAAAGCUUAAAGCUAUAAUUCACAUAAGGUGAAACAGCGCCACUGGUCACUCCAGGCACAUUUGUUAUUCUUUUAUUAUGGGGCAGAGAUGCAUCCUGGUAAAAAAAUGUCAUAGUACUCUGCUGAUCUAUCGCAUGUGCAAUGAAAAAAAUGUGUGUUCGUUAUUUGAAGUAACGUCUUUGUUGUAAUAUUGCAAACGGAUGUGGCAGUUUCACCCCUACAGAUUUCAGCUAUAAGCCCAGGGCGAACCUUGAUAAGCUUGUUUUAUUCUGUGUAAACUUAUCAUUUCAUAGAUAUCUGUCAUCGCUCAUUUCAAACUUUUGAAGUAGCACUUUAGCUUCUUAGUCUUGUCAUUUACCCAUUCAUCAUGUUGUAGAAUCACAUAUGUAGAAAACGUUCAUACAUAGUUUUCCAGAGAAUGGUAGUUACUUUACUCAGAAAAGGACUCAUAGAAGUGUCACUCAGGCCAUCAUCUGAAAGACAGCAGGCAUUGUACAAUGACAUUUGGCUGAAGUUGGCAACUUGCUCUAUUCUGUGACAAACACUGUAUUUUCAGAUCAUAGUUACUGGACUAUGUUUUGCACUUUAUUGGACAGAGAUUUAUUUUUUAGAAAACAUGACUGGUUGUGCCACUGCCAUUAUUGUGUGUAUAUAUUUUGCAACUUUUGAAAACGUAUUGUAAUAUUGUA